AACAGAUACUGGUAGCUAAAGUUCUGAAAACUAUGGGCAACAAGACUAAGGGAAAAAGAGGCCACAUCAGUGGUCUAUUCAGUAUAGGACUCAUUGCUGUUGGGAGUCUAUUCACCUUUGUAGGAGUCUGCUGCACAAUCUACUAUUAUCCAACUGACUGCUCAUUCAGCUCUGAUUUUCUCCUCUGCUCGCCACGACAGGUAUUGCUUCUCAUGGCAAUAAUAACAUGCUUCACUUCUGGAGCUUCGAUGAUGAUAUUUGGCUUGAUAACGCUAUGCUGUUCUUCAGAGGGGACUAAAAAAGAAUCCAAAACACCCCCACCAGCAAAGAAUCACACAGUCAUCAAAAAAUCUAAGAGAAAUCCAGUCUCAACUACCUACAUCAUCACUGAUGAGAUACCACAAGCUGUAAAGGAGAACAAGCCACAAACUGUUUACUAUAGCCGCCCAUUACAAAAUAUGGACCAAAAUCUCAUUUUAAGUUCUAAGAGUCUAAAUAAUGGUGGACCAUAUGAGAUAACUAAUACUCUCUAUUGUUAUAAGUAGACAGUUUUGUACCCAUAUUUGCAUUUUACUUAGAAAUGAAUAUUCAUUAUAAGUAAAAUAAAUCCUUGUUUAUAAUAUACAAAUACUUCUGUUUUUGCCAGUUUGUUACUACUUUGCACUGUAUUCUAUUUAAUGAACUGUGCUCAUGAAUAAAUGGAUUAAGAUUCAGAUAACUUUCCACUUAUAUGAAUAAGUUAUACAAAUAAAAAUAAAAAUAAAAAUAAAAUAAAAAGGAAAAUGUAACUAAAAAAUAAAGAUAAAAAGAAAGAAUAAAAAUAAAAUUUUAAACAUAAUAAAAAAAUGGAAUAAUUUGGCAAAGAAGAAAACAAUUAGAGCACAAUGAUUCCUUUUAAUUCCAUGAAGUUAAUUAAAGUAAGGUCUUACAAAAAAUUUUCUUUGAGGCAUACUAUUUUCAUCAGUUAUAUGCUGAAAUUUAAUGGGCAUUAUUAUUAUUAUUAUUAUUAUUAUUAUUAUUAUUAUUAUUAUUAUUAUUAUUAUUAUUAUUAUUAUUAUUAUUAUUAUUAUUAUUAUUAUUGUUAUUAUUAUCAUUGUUAAUAAAUUCACAGUCUUGUGAAAACAAAUUGUUAAAAAAUCCACAAUUAUAUAUCAAAAUAUAUUUCUAUGUAAAAAACAAAGACUUUCAAACACCUGGACGAUGUUCCUCAUCAGCGUAGACUUAAAUUGUAAAUGG